CCAGCCCCGUCCCGCCGCCGGCCCCGGAGGACGGGGAGCGCCCGCCCCGGCCCCCCCUGGCCGGUGGGUACCGGGCGGGGGGCGCCGGGUACCGGCAACUUGUGUUUAGCGUCCGGCGGUACCGACUGGGGGGAGCCCCCCCUCUACCCGACGAGAUUUGGGUUUAAACUUUGGGUUUUGGGGAGCCCCGAAGAUGCCUUUCCACCCGGUGACGGCGGCGUUGAUGUACCGGGGGAUCUACACCGUCCCCAACAUCCUCGCCGAGCAGCGCCCCGUGGAGAUCCCCGAGGAUGAGCUGGAGGAGAUCCGGGAAGCCUUCAAGGUGUUCGACCGCGAUGGCAACGGGUUCAUCUCCAAGCAGGAGCUGGGCACGGCCAUGCGCUCCCUGGGGUACAUGCCCAACGAGGUGGAGCUGGAGGUCAUCAUCCAGCGCCUCGACAUGGACGGUGAUGGGCAGGUGGACUUUGAGGAGUUUGUGACAUUGCUGGGGCCCAAGCUCUCCACUUCGGGCAUCCCAGAGAAGUUCCAUGGCACCGACUUCGACACCGUCUUCUGGAAGUGUGACAUGCAGAAACUGACGGUGGACGAGCUGAAGCGGCUGCUGUACGACACCUUCUGCGAGCACCUGUCCAUGAAGGACAUCGAGAACAUCAUCAUGACAGAGGAGGAGAGCCACAUGGGCACGGCCGAGGAGUGCCCCGUCGACGUGGAGACCUGCUCCAGCCAGCAGAUCCGCCAGACCUGCGUGCGGAAGAGCCUCAUCUGCGCCUUCGCCAUCGCCUUCAUCAUCAGCGUGAUGCUCAUCGCCGCCAACCAGGUGCUGCGCAGCGGGAUGAAGUAACGGGGCAGCCCCGCCGCCGGGACCCGCAGCGACAGCGAGGAGGAGACACCUAUAAAUAUCUAUAAAUAUCUCUAUGUACAUCCAUCUGUGGCCCAGAGACGUGACCCCCCCGGGCGGGGGGCAGCCGAGGGGACAGAGCCGCGCCGGGGCCCCGCCGUGCCGGGCGCCGCCGUCGCUGCUGUGGGCAGAGCACGGAGACUUUGGUACCGACACCGACCCCCCCUCGCCAGACAAAAUCCGACCCGUGAGUGCAUGUGACGUGCAUGGAGCCCCGUGAGCCCCCUCCCGCGGCGGAUCCCGUCGGAUUCUCCGAUCUAGCGUUAGAGCUCAUAUUUAGGAUAAACCAAAUCAUCCCCUAAGCAAUACACGCGCCUGAGAUGGUUCCUAGAGCCGGGAGCGUUUGCAUGGACUUGGCUGCCAAGGGCUGGAUUCCACCCCCCCAGAGCCCCUCCCUGUCCCCGUGCCGUGCCUCGGUUUCCCCAGCUGCCCGGUGCGGGGACAUUCCUGACCUCCUGCUUGAUGCACUUUGAGCCGACCCCCCUUGGGAAGAGCUGGAGCGACCCCGAGGCCGGGGAGCCCCGCACGCCCCGGAACCCCCAGCCUGUAUGUAGCACCCACCUGGGCACGGACUGGUUGGAUUUGGGGCCGUUUCUCAUUCUUUGGAGUUUUUGGGGUUUUUGGGGUGGUGGUUUUGUUUUUGGUUUUUUGUUUCUGUUUUUGUUUUUUUUUGUUCUUCCUGGUUGGUUGUUUCCGAUCUGAAAUAAAACUGGGAUUUCUG